GGUCAUGUUGGGAGGUAUGCUAUAAUAUUCAUGGAUAGUGUGUCAUUUGUGUUCAAGAGCUUUCAAUCUAUGUAUUACUGUACAUUCUCAUAGUUAAAAGCUAAGGAACCAAGUUUCACUUCCUGGAAAUAUCCUCAGCGGACACUCAGGUAUGAAACCCCAAUCUGAGCAUUUCUCAGUCUCUGCUACAAACGCUUCCUGAAUCUCUUACAAAACUGCUUGGCAUUCUGUGACAUGUUGGGCUGUCAGGAGCAAUUACUCUAAUCUUGUCCAGCCUUUCUGAAUCAGGAGCCCGGCUUAACAGCAGGGUCUGUAUGAAAGGUGCUAUUGUGCAUAGCAUGAACACUCAACUAAAGAAAAGACUGUUUUCUCUUCUGCAAAAACAUGGAAAUGUCUCUUUUAAGAUGUUGCUGAUUUCUCCUUCAUGCCGGGCGUAAUAACUGGACCUGUCAGUGUGCCAGCGACUGUUUGUCUCAUGCAGUCUGUGUCUUUCUGGAGUCUGGGGUGGACAAUACACACCCUGCAAAGUGCCAACUCCCGGGAAGUCAAGAACCUAAUUACAGGAGCUGCAGCAUUUUCCGUGGGGGGAGAUUGGAUUUCUAGCUCCACAUAGCAUGGGAGCGGCUCAUGGAAAGAAGAAGGAAUACUCUCUCCAGGCUAAGUUCCAUAAUGACUAUGGAAAACACAUAAUAAAUGGCUCAGCCUCCAUGUAUUCUGAGAUACAGAGGGAGCCACCGGAUAUAGGAAGCAUUCUGGCUCAUCCUGAUUAUCUUGAAGGAAACACUGACCUUAUCAAGCCUAAGAAGCUCCUGAAUCCUGUAAAGGCAUCUAGGAGUCACCAAGAGCUCCAUCGGGAACUGCUUAUGAACCAUCGGAGAGGUGUGGGCAUUGACAAGAAGCCGGAGUUGCAGCGUGUUCUUGAAAACCGAAGGCGAGACAAGAUCAUCCAGCAGAAGAGAGAGGAGGAGGAGAGCAAAAAGCUGCAGUCUCCGUUUGAACAGGAGUUGUUAAAGAGACAGCAGAGGCUUGAACAGCUUGAAAAAGAAGAACAGGAUCCUAAAGAAGACAGCCACGCCCCAGAGUUUAUAAAAGUGAAAGAAAAUCUGAGAAGAACAGCAACGCUGCCCAGCGAUGAGAGAGUUGUGUAAGAUUUGCCAACCAGGAAUUAAGUUGUAUGUGAUGCUGAAUGUCGGACGACACCUGGGCACUUGUGUACUUGGCUGACAUUGCAGAUAUGACUUUGUAAGGAAUUGUCCCUCAUCAAGACAGCAAAACACCUACAAGAUUGUAUCUACAGCAGUGAUAUAACACCCUGUACUUAUCUGCCACAGCAUUGAGUAGACAAUGCUUUGCCCUAGCGCCAGUGGACAUAUCUUCAUGCAUGUGGCUGUGGAGGAUCAUAGCUGAGCAGAUGUGUUGCCUACUGUGUCCUCACCCCAGGGCAUUGCUGAGUUCCAAGUGACUUCGGAAUGAAGAGGCAUGAGAUUCUUUGUAGGUCAUCAUUGAAAUCUGCGGCAUGCAAAUCCAGUGACGAUGGGGUAUCCAACAGAGAGCCUAGGAAACAAAACACAUACUUAUCAGUAGGCUGGGUUUACUGCAUACAUGUUCUGCAUGUCCUAUACCAAGAUACGUGCUGUGAGUGUUACAAAAUCAUCUGUAACUGCUAUGUGAGGUUUCACAUGACCAGAAAGAGCACCUUUGUUGUAGCGUUACCAGCCCAUGAUUAGUCCAUCCUAUUACCAUAUUAACACAAUGUGGUAUGACCUGCAUAAACCGACCACAGGAUCUUAGUGAAGUCCACUCAUUUGUUUUGCCUUGCUGAUGAAUAGUACAAGGACGAGUCUUCUUUCUCUGACCAGUAGGGGGAGCAGUGAGGAUGCCUAGUGUGGUCUACAGUCAUACUAUGACCAGAUGUUGCUGAAUUUAAUUUGGGGUGUACAUUAGAGGAUUUCUCAGGCAUUGCUAAAGCCAGUAUGUAAUCAAGCCUUAAUGAUAUAAAAUUAAGAAAUAUCAGUAAAGAGGAAGGAUCAUCACGAAUUAAUCAUUACAAAGUGAUAUAUCAUAGCAAAUUGUUGUUUCACUGCCCAUUAUAAGUCAAUAUUCAGCCCUAGAUUUGCUUCUUUUUCAUCAAGAUAAUUAAACUCAAUAAUAAUAAAGAAAAAGGUAUGGGUGCUGAAAUGGAUAUUUUGGUGGUACUCCAAGUAGAGCUAUUCAGGUGGAGCAAAUUAUUCCUGGAACCUUAAAAAUAUUUUUGGGGCACCCAGUACAAACAACUCCUGGAUACAAAACAAAGUUCCCUGGCAGUUUUGGGUGGAUUAUAUAUAUAUAUAUAUAUAUAUAUAUAUGUGCUAGGGGGUCACAUGACCUCUUUCUAUCUCAUGGAACAGGGGAUGAUGAAUUAUUUGUAGAAAUUCCACCAGUGAAUACAUGUUUUCUCACAGCUGUGGUUCUCACGGGUUCACUACGAUAUGCCGGCGGUCGGACUCACACUAUUUCACUAUUUUAUUCUCCCUCCAGGGGGGUCGUGGACCCCCACGAGGGAGAAUAAGUGUCGGUAUGCCGGCUGUCGGGAUCCCGGCGCCGGUAUACUGUGCGCCGGGAUCCCGUCAGUCGGCAUACUGAAGACCACCCGUUCUCACAGCUCAGUGAGGUUUCUUCCCAAUAUUUUGGCAUUUUUUUACUUUCAAACAAAGCUAUAUGCACAUAUGUUUGUAUAUGGGAGAACAUGGGAGUUUAGUGGCAUUGGGAUAAAUGUAUGAAACAGUGAUGAGAGGAGAAGUGAGCCAGUGGAGAAGUUGCCCAUGACAACCAAUCAGCUACUCUGUAUAAUUUUAUAGUAUGCAAAUUACAAAUGUUACUUCAAUGCUGAUUGGUUGUCAUGGGCAACUUCUCCACUGGCUCACUUCUCCUCUCUUAUCACUGCUUCAUACAUUUACCCCAAAGGGCCUAAUUCAGACCUGAUCGCUCCUCUAUGAAUUUGCAGAGGUUUGCGAUCAGAUAGCCGCCGCCCAGACAGAGUGAAUAGCUGCCCUGUGCAAGUCUGCGUACGCCUUGCGAAAAUCUCUGCGAAAGCCGGUCAGCUGCAAAGCCGUUUGCAACUCACUCACCAUUGAAUGUUUUUUCCAGUCUGUGCAAUGUGUGUGCAGCCCAGGACCUACUCCUACAGUGCGAUAGAAGCAGGAUGAUUGGGGCUGGAGCUGACAUCAAACACCCUCCCUGAAAAUGCUUGGGCACGCCUGCAUUUUUGCUGGCACUCUCAGAAAACAUCCAGUUACCACCCACAAACGCCGGCUUCCUGUUAAUCACCUUGCGUACACCUAGCGAUCAAAAAAGAUGCUGGACACAUGCGCAGUCGAUCGUUCAGUCACCUUGCGAAUUUGCACAACAGCAAUCCGGUCUGAAUCGGGCUCAAACUUUUGUACCACUUUGCCUGUGUGAAAUCUCAGCUUAAAAGAUAACUUGGGGAACUGUGAGCAAGUUUUCUCUAUAGCAGCAAACAAUCAGAGUACUUAUGUCAUUUCUAUAACAGUUUAGAAAAUUAAAGAUAAUGGUGGAGAUUUAUCUAUCCCUUGACAGAGAGAAAGUAGAGGCAGAAACUACCAAUUAAUCCGCUCCUGACAAUUUUCAAAUAAAGAUGUACUAAGUAGUGAAAAGAGUGGAUAAGUGAGCCAGUGGAGAAGUUGCCCAUGGCAACCAAUCAGCUGCUCUGUAUAAUUUUAUAGUAUGCAUAUUCUAAAUGUUACUUCAAUGCUGAUUGGUUGCCAUGGACAACUUCGCCACUGACUCAUUUCUCCACUCUUUUCACUGCUUAGUACAGGCAUGUCCAAACUGCGGCCCUCCAGCUGUUGAGAAACUACACAUCCCAGCAUGCCCUGACACAGCUUUAUCAUUCUCUAACAGCAAAACUGUAUCAGGGCGUUCUGGGAUAUGUAGUUUCACAACAGCUGGAGGGCCACAGUUUGGACAUGCCUGGCUUAGUACAACUCCCCCACAGCCUGUCACAUGGCAGUUAGUAGCUGAUUAGCUGGCAUCUCUCUCCAAGGCUCCAUUUCCCAGAAUAUCUGUUUGGUCCUUUGAGCUAUGGCACAUUGGUGUACAUUGUAACACGUUAAUUAAUAAGCCAGUAGUUGUGUCAUAAUUAGGGAAGUAAAAAUGAAGUAGUCUGAUGACUGGUAGGUAGUACAAUGAAACUACUCAUCAUUGAUCUUCCAGACGUAUUUUGUCUGUUUCCUCAUUUAAUGAUCCUUCCCUUUUAGUGAUGUGGCCCGAUCACAUUAUGCUUUACUCCUGUGCAAUUAAAUAGAACAUUUAUUUUGGCGUCUCUUUGAUGCCGGCUAUUUUUCUAUGUAGUCUUCUAAUCAAAUUAAAUAUAUAGACAUAGAGUAUUUGCUUACAGUUUAUUAAAUACAGCACAAAGUAUUUUUUUAAUGAGGUAAACUGGACCAUUGAUAUAUUCAUUUUGCCCACAGUUGCUACAAUGAAAUUCUAAGUUGCACUUUAUGUACUAAUGGGAUUAUUAUAAUUUUAUCCCCAUAAUUGUACACUGAAUACUCACAGACAAACUUUUUCAACUACUGAAAUAUUAUCAUUGUUAGAAUUGAUUGGUGAUUCUAGAGCUAAAUGAUAAAUCUACGCAAACUUGAAAAUGUUAUUUUUUUGUGUAAUUCAGGAAGAUAUGCUUUAAUAUAAAAUGCUACUGACCUGGGGUCCAUGCACAAUAAAUCAGCUUUAGUGUGGGGAUUAUGGGCAGGCCUGAUUCAUGUUUGUAAAACCCAUUUCACACCGCACAAAUAACCCGGUAUAUUGACAUGGUCGACACAGGUUGCUGUGCUAUGUGAAAGGGUCACGCCAGAAAUAUCAAGCGACCCGGUACUCGUUCACUGCAUAGGGAGAGGCGGAGCAGAGAUGAUGUCUUCUCACAGCCCCGCCUCCGCUCCCGCCCCCUAUUCCGGCUCCGUCCCUGCUCCCGGAUAGCAACCGGGUCGGGAUGGGCGGUGUGUAGGGUCCAAUGCCGGCUUCCACCUGGGAAGGGCCCGUCUCCAAUUCCCGGGUGGGACCCAGCAUUGCGAUCUGAGAGCAAUAUGUGUAAUGUAAAAAAAUCAUGUAACUUUGUUUCUGGAACAAACCAUGUUGCCAUCCGGUUAAAUACUGGAUGGUUUUGUAUCUCACAAAUGUUAGACAGCUUUAUGCAUUGCAAUUUAGAUUUCAGUUUGAACACCCCCACCCAAAUCAUAAUCUCUCGCACAUGUUACAUCUGCCCCACCUGCAGUGCAACAUGGUUUUGUCCAGUUGCUUGUCUUUUUGCUUUACUUACAUACAUGAAUCCAGCCUAGUAUCAUUGGUGCCAAUGGUAGUGCAAUGUCUUUCUCUCUGCACAUAAGGCAGGCUUCUGUGACUUGCUAUUUAUAGCUGACAGGAUUCCGUCACUGGAAACCUCAGUGUUAAGAUAAAGGGGUACAUUUACUAAGCAGUGAUAAGAGCGGAGAAGUGAGCCAGUGGAGAAGUUGCCCAUGGCAACCAAUCAGCACUGAAGUAACAUCUAUAAUUUGCAUACUAUAAAAUGAUACAGAGCUGCUGAAUGGUUGAUGGGGAAAUUUCUCCACUGGCUCACUUCUACGUUCUUAUCACUGCUUAGUAAAUGCUUAGUAAAUGUACCCCUAAGAGUGGUAACCAGAUAAGUAGAAUUAUGUAAUAUAGCAUCAUUUUAUUGAAUUCCAUCCAAGACAAAAUGGUUGGGUGUUUGCUGGAAUUUGCCAUUAAAUUUUGUAUUGGGUGUUAUAUACAGUAGUAGCAAAUGUCCAAGAACCCAAGAUAACCAAUCAGAAAGUUGCUUUCACUGUAUAAUUGCACUUAAUCACAGCAAAAUGUUGAUAGGUUGCGCUAAGCACACUGUACAUUAGUAUUGUGUUUAUUAAAGUUGGUCCAAAGACAUCCUGGCUAUGCAUGUGCCAUGAUGCUUGUAAGUACAGCAAAUGAUGGCUUUCCCGGCACAGCUACCCAACACAAUACUGCAGUCAUCAAGGAAAGGAUCUGUACAGUACUUAGAAACUGAAGUAGAAAAGCCCUGUAACUGUUAAAAGCUGCAGCCUUAUUGUAUUUUAUCUACCAUAGAUAUCCUGAUGAGAGUAGAGUAACCCUUGUUUUUGUACACUUAUUACAUUAUCAUAUAAUAGAAGAACGUAUAUAUCACAAGUUAGUUGUGACAAUGACCAAAUUGUGCAUAAUGACAAUGUUAUCUUGUUCAUCUUAUAUUAGCCAGGUAUACUUGGAUAAGGUCUCAGUAAAAUGGACACUCAAACAGCCUGAGAGAACUCAUUUUCCAAAGCAGUGGAUAAUUAUCAGGCAUUGGGGGAGAUGUAUGAAGCAGAGAAAAGAGUGGAGAAGUGAUACACUGGUGAAGUUGCCCAUGGCAACCAAUCAGCUUUGAAGUAACAUUUAUCAAGUGUUUGGUUGCCAUGGGCAACAUCUCCACUGGCUCACUUCUCCACUGUUUUCACUGCUUAAGGCAACCAAUGAGCUUGUACCUAUUAUUUUAUAGAAUGUACUUGAUAAAUGAUAACAUAAAAGCUGAUUGGUUCUAUGGACAACUUCUCCGCUAGGUAACUUUUCCACUCUUUAUACUGCUUGACUCAACUCCCCUGUAGUUCUUUUGUGCAGGAUUCCAUUCACCAUAUCCUUAUGAUCUGGAUAAAUCCCAAAUAAUCCUGGAUUGGGAGAAUUCAUAUUAUUUACUAACACAAUGAACUCAUUUAAAGCUGAGAAAUAACCUAUAGAUAACAUUCAAUAUAAUUAUCUUUUAUUCCAUCUAUUUUCUCUUACUAUUAGUAUAACAUUUCUGAAAUCAGGUUUCCAAUUCCUACUGCUAGCAAAUCAAUACUUUUGAAAUGUCAGGUGUCAGAUAUAAGGUUGACUGAGCGUAACUUGAGCAACCACAUCAGGCUGCCGUCAGGUUUCGCUGUACACUCUGGGUCGACAUUUUAAAAAUAAUCUUUAUUUUUUUAUAUCUCAUUUGACGCGAUGGUUGGUGUGUAUUUAAAAGAAAGUUUAUGUUAACAUAGGUGCCUUAUUGCCACAUCAUGAACAGGAGCAUUUUAUAAAAGUUUAUCUUUCUACAGAUCCGCAGCUUAUUUUUUUCUCUAAAUAGUAACUUGAGGGCAAAAACUUGAAGUAAACAUAAUUGGUAGUCAGCCUAAUAAGAGGGAAUUUUCCAUCGAAUAGGGUAAGUAGAAUUAACACUUAACAACACUCAUUACAAUUUUGCUUCUAGCUUACUGUUAAUAAUUGACAUGAUAAAAAACCUGCCGAGAGUGCUAACAUAGACCAAGCCACUUGUGUUAAUAACUUACAGACCCUAGCAAUCAAGUGCAUGCACACAGAUCUGCAGCCACAUUCUAUGCUUGAUCUGCGUUUUUUUCCAUUUGCAAAGGCAAUUUAAACUCCCACUCAUUCAGCCUCAACAGGACAUUGUUAUUGCAAUGCAAGCUGAACACUUGCACACUGAUUCAAUUGUUUGAAAAGUCAGUUGGGUGUCUGUUUUUUCCUAUCUCAUAGACAGGGGAAAAAACAGGCACCCAACCGACUUUUCAAACAUUUGAAUUCCCCCCAAAAUGUUCAGCAGCAUUUAAUGAUCUUUUUUUAUCUCAGAAGUUCAAAUCUGUUUUUUGUAUAUUAGCAUUUUAGUUGUGUUAGUUUAGCUUUACAGCUAAAUGUCCUCCCACAAGAAAUCUUACCUCUCUAUUCAAAUUCAUUAGCUAGUAGAAGAUCUGAGCAGUUUUAGACACUAAACCAUUCCUUACUAUUGUUGUAUUUGUUUAUUGCUCUGUCCCCACUGACUGACAAGGGCACAAUGGAGGUAGCUGUCAGGACUGAAAACAGAAAUCUGCCAUCAAAAUAGAUACAAAUAGAUCAGAAUGAUGUAAAAAGCUCUUCUGCACAAUGGGGGUAUCCAAUUAUAUCCAAUCAAUUUUCGGCGGGUGAAAAAACGGACGGAUAUCGCGAUUAAUGAUCGAAAAUGGACACAUGAUCAUGCUAAAACACAUGGGGUCGGGGACUUCUGUGUUAUCGCGGCUGAGGCAUUUGAAGCAUAAUCCGCGGUAAGUGUCGGCAUGGGGGGAGGGUAGCCCACCGCAUUUGGGCAAGUAGUAUCACCCCUGGCGAUACAAUUAGCCCCCAUUAUAUAUUUUAAUAACAUUUUUUUUAUGGAAAAGCACACAACCAUUUUCACUCCACUAAAGGACAUAGCUCUGUCCUUCUAUCUCACUUUGCACCUUCCAGUAGCUCUUCAUCAGAGAAGCGCAUGUUUAUGCAUAUUAUUUUAUCUAAUGUAAAAAAAGCUUUAAACAUACAGUAGUGCCACAUGUAAGGAAUACAGUCUUGAUGUUCACUCGCUCCCAUGAUUAAUUCAAGCCAUAAGUGAAGCUAAGCCAAGCAGUAUUUUAGGAGUAAAACAGAAACGUUUUAUUUAGUGAAGUUGUGAUUCUCUAGGUGUAGGUUGGAACUUGUACUUGAUGUGACAGUUAUACUUCUGCACAGUGCAACCAUUCUGAUUUUCUAUCUCCUUGCAAAUAUAGACGCACUUCUAGCUUUUGGUGAAGUUACUUAUGAGUGGCGCAGUGGCACGCAAUUGUAACACACUAUUUGGUAUCUGGGUAAACAGGUGAAAAAUGCAGGCAUUCUGUGGUGCGCUGCCAGUGUACCGGGAAGAAUAUACAAUGGAGUGCGAUUUGCACAAACCACUGCUCUGCAAUUUUAUUUUUUUAACAAGUUUAUUAAAAGCUAAAUCACGAAAAAUCAUAAGAAACCAUUGACUAUCAUCCAUAAUGUACAGUAAUUUGCUAAUCUUAUUUGUUCACGCUGCAUAUUUACAAAAACACCCCUACCCACCCCCACCCCCCUCACCCCAGAAAAAAAAAGAUUGCCAAAUGAUCAAUGCGCCCCUGGCUAGUCAAAUUGCUCAAACAGCAUGCAAUCUGAGCAAUAUGUUCUACCAGAACAUAAUAAAGAGUCAAUUUUGUAUUAAGCUGCCAUCAUUUAACAUUGAAUGUAGGAGCAUAUACAUAUGAUUCUGCUUAUGUAAUGAGGAUAUUAUAGGGGCAAAUUUAUAAUAAAUCAGAAAUAAUGAUGGAGACACAUGCUAGUGGGCACAUGCAGUGUAAUAAGUGGGCAAUAUUCUUAGUGCCUUUGUCACCAAUUCAUUUAGAUGGCCCCAAUUAAUAGGAACAUGUUAUUAGACACGUUAUUUAUUUCACAAUGAAUAUUGCGUGCUUCAUUUUUAUUAAAUAUUACAUUGUAAGAGCAAUUCAAAUUUUAUUUUUUAUUUAUUAAUAAUUGUCCCCUAUAAUAAAUUAAAUGAAUAAUCUUACCCCAUAAAUAUAUUAAUGUUUGGGACUCUUAAUUAAGUUAAUUAGCGACAACUCAAUACAUAUGUUUAAUGUGUGUCUUUAUUAUGUUUGGCUAAACAGACAGAGGUAAUGUCACCCUAUUUGAGCUAUCUUACUUGCCAUAGUCAUUUUCUGUUUGUUUGUUUGUUUGUUUGUUUGUUUGUUUGUUGGCUCAAAUAGAUGAUGAUUUUGUACUUUCAAACCAUCCACAAAUCACGGAUAUCUGCAUUUUAACCAUCCAGAUCACUGCGUAUUAACUCUGGACAUUUGUAGGCCAAUACUGACAGGAAUUUAUGGCGAGUUUGUACUCACAGCUACUGCACGUCAUUACAUUACUCCUUUUGUAUGUGAAGUCAUGUACUGUAUACAGUAGUCAUUGCUGUUUUGCUUUGCUCUGCCAUCUACUGGUUAGAUUUAUAAUUGCACAAUGGCAGAAAUACGAUUACACUACUGGUUUUAUUUGCAUUAAACUAGAGGUUCCCAAACUCGAUCCUCAAGACACCCCAGCGGUCCAGGUUUUAAAGAUAUCCAUGGCUCAGCACAGAUGGUUAAAUCAAAUUGACGGAAGUACUAACUAAGUCACCUGUGGCCAAGCAUAGUUAUACUUGGGGUGCCUUAACCACUUGCCUGGCAUGGUCGCAUCAGAUGCGACCAUGCCUGCAAGUGCUCUAUCUGACUUGGUCGCACAGGAUGUGACCAGUCAGAUAGAGUGUGUUAGCAGCGGCAGGGAAGAUAAACUUCCCUCCGCUGCUACUGUCAGAGGGACCGGAAGGUCCCACUGCCUCCCUGCACUCUCCCCCUGUGUCUGCCCUACUGCCGAUCACUGCUGAUCAGUCAGCACGGCAGGAUCCCCCCCUCCAGCGGCUGCAGACAAUGGCAGCCGCUGGGAGUGUAAAUGAACCCUCCCAAGCCACCCCCAGACCCUCCGCCUGUAUACCUGCAGGCUGUCCCGGCUUUCAAAAUGAAAACCGCGAUGGUCGCAAUGUUCCGAUGGUCGCGAUGUUCCUGAUCGAUGUUUGGAGAGAAAAUAUAUUUUUUCAAAAAUAUUUUUUUCCCUUUUUUUAACUAAAAUCAUUUGGGAUAGGAUUAAAUUCAUGUUCUUCACCUAAUUCACUCAUAAAAAAAACCCGACAAUUUCAGAGCGGUUUUCGGCGAAAUAAAUCGUCACUUAAGUGGUUAAAGGACAGGUUUGGGAAUCUCUGCAUUGAUGGAAUGUUUAAGUGGCAUCCAAACAUUCAUUAAACAGCAUCAGUUAUAUACACUAGCUUCACCAUAAUGCUUUAGCAGUUUAUUUGCAGUCAGGCAAGAUUACAUUUUACCAUGAUCAUAUAACAGUAUUUGUCCUUUAGAACUAUAUUUUAUUAGCUGCUCUGCACAAUAUUUUAUUGUAUUAUUUAUGAUAAGCUAUGGUGAUUGGGAUUUUUUUUCCUGUUUAUUAGCUGUAAAGAUCAAGGAAUAAAAGGUCAAGGAUUGCAGUAUAAUUUACCACACUUCUUAUUAUGAUGCUGUUUAUUGUGGUGCGGUUUUGGUUUCUUGAUCAAACUUGUAAUAUUAUUAACUAUGUUAAGCAGAAUAUUCUUUUUGUACCUGUGUUCUUUUAUAUUGCUUGUUUUUGUUUUGUUCAUUUGUUGUUUUUUUAAAGAUAGAGCUGUGUAAUAGUAUUUUACGUUAUUCAGUUGAAUUACUAUUUACAUGUGUUUUUAGCGAAAAUAGGCCCUUAGUUUAUAAUGUACAGUCAUAUCUUACAUAAUACUAUUGUCAAUAUUUCAGUUUUGAUAAUAAAUUCCACCUUAUGUUACAUUGCUACAGAUUUUAAAACUGAUUCCUGAGCAGGGGACAUCUAUUUAAGCACAUUUUCCUGAAACAGUACAGAACAGGGGAAGACAUUUGUGGGUACACACUGUAUAAAAUUACGUAUGGGCAUUAUCUAUCCAUCUUGUGGCUUGCUGUGGUAAUUGAACCAACAGCCAAUACCAUGUAUAUUCAUCUUAUAUGCCUUUUGUUUUUGCUUAUAAAUGAAUAGUUGUCUGUGGUUAAGGGCUCACCUCCAUAAACCUGUGGUUAAACUGCACUUUUUUAAAGUAACAAUGUAUUUUUUUGUAAUUUCCCUUAAUAUCUCUGCCUUGUAUGGAACCAUUGAAUUAUUAAAAAAUAAAGAAAUAUAAGAAUGUA